CAAUAUGUUUGUAGUGAACUAUCGGUGGUCACGCAAGUAAUCGUUUACUUGUAACUAUUAGGAAAAGUGAGAUUUCUAAUUUCAAAGUGUAUUCGUGUGACGGUGAAGUGGCCGUGGCGGAGAGCGAGAGUUCGGGAGUGGCGGGAGGCGUCGGCCUCGCCGUGAGUAGUAAGGUGUAUCCAAGUCCGGGGGCGGCCCGCGGCGUCUGGGCGCUGCCGCAGCCGCCCCCUUGUACGAUGGCUGCCGAGGAGCCGUUGCCACCGUGUUCGCCCCUAUCUCCAGACGCUCCAGCGGCUCCACCGAGAACCAUCACUAGCUACAGCCAGCAUUCGGACCUCCAUCAACUUAUAUUUGAGGCCGUGCGCUCAGGCGAAGUAUCAGAAAUCGAGCGUCUUGUUGAAAAAUUGGGUGCAGAAGUACUAACUGCCCGUGAUCAGCACGGUUACACACCUGCCCACUGGGCGGCGCUGGACGGGAGUGUGGCAGUUAUGAGGUACUUGGUUGAAAGAGGAGCACCCAUCGAUCUAUCAUGUUUAGGUACUCAGGGUCCAAGGCCAAUACACUGGGCUUGCCGAAAAGGACAUGCAUCAGUCGUACAAGUACUUUUACAGUCAGGUGUUGCAGUUAACGCUGCGGAUUUUAAAGGUUUAACCCCUCUAAUGACGGCGUGUAUGUAUGGGAAAACGGCAACAGCGGCAUAUCUUCUGGGAAUGGGAGCAGCUACCAGACUCUCAGAUAUUAAUGGAGAUACCGCCUUACAUUGGGCUGCUUACAAAGGACAUGCUGAUUUAGUCAGGCUUCUAAUUUACUCAGGUGUUCCUUUACAUUGCACAGACAAUUUUGGUUCAACACCAUUACACCUAGCUUGCUUGUCUGGCAAUCUCACUUGCGUUAGAUUGCUUUGUGAGAAGGUGAAAGCCGAAUUAGAACCCCGGGAUAAAAAUGGAAAGACUCCACUGAUGCUUGCACAAAGUCAUCGCCACGCGGAAGUAGUAAAAUUAUUACAAAAAGAAAUGAAGCGUAAAUCACAUUGGAUGCCGCCAUUAUCUGAAUUAUGGGCUUUAUUGUUCGGUGGUGCCGGCGAUUCUAAAGGUCCUCUAUUAUUUUUCCUAAUAUCCGUGUUAUUAUGGGGAUAUCCUAUGUAUGUGAUAAGAUGCAUUCCUUUAACAUGGAACACUCUGCGGCUUUCACAUUAUUGCUUUCUUUAUUGGAAUGUUAUUAUGUGGUUGAGUUGGGUAAUUGCCAAUCGACGGGACCCUGGGUACAUUCCUCAAAAUUCUGAAACCUAUUAUCGAGCUAUCAGGCAAAUACCAUAUUACGAUAAAUGGAAGAAAAGAAAUGUUAUUUUGUCAAGGCUAUGUCACACUUGCCGGUGUCUUAGGCCUUUAAGGGCUAAACACUGCCGCAUUUGCAAGAGAUGUGUGGCAUAUUUCGAUCACCAUUGUCCAUUCAUAUACAACUGCGUCGGAGUGCGAAAUCGGAUGUGGUUCUUUCUAUUCGUAAUGAGCGUUGCUAUUAAUUGCACGUUGUCUAUAUAUUUUGCCUGUUACUGCCUGUUGUUAGAGGGGUUUGGACUGCUAUAUGUUUUGGGGUUGUUGGAGGCUAUUACUUUUUGUGCUCUCGGCUGGAUCCUUACUUGUACUUCGAUAUUACACGCCUGUAUGAACUUAACUACUAAUGAGAUGUUUAAUUACAAAAGAUAUCCUUAUUUAAGAGACAAAAGAGGUCGCUAUCAAAAUCCUUUUUCGAGAGGACCAAUUAUGAACUUGAUUGAAUUUUUUGUAUGCCUCCCGGAUAAAUGUGAUGAACAGGACAUAUUCCACGAAGAGACUAUAUGAUCUGAAAUGGCCUGACAUAGUCCUAAUUUAAAUUCGAAAAGGACUCAAGAAUGUUUGGUUCGUUCAUCAAAAUUUCAACCAUACUAAGAUUUAAGUGCAAUUCAUGUAACUACAGCUUGUUAUGCUUUUUUAAUAAAUAA